UCGCUCCUUACCACGCUCGGCCUACGCACCACUCCCUCUUCACCCACUCCCAAUCGCAUCGCAAUCGUGAUCCUCAUCAACUGGUUCCUUGCGCACGGGGUCCUCAACACUCGAACGGCUAGACAACAACUCCGGCUAGAUUCUAGCGGUGUGGCAUGGUACGAUCUGCUCCAGCACGGCGAGGCCGCCGUGCGGUCCGGCAAGAUGACCAGGCGACAGCUGGAGCGACUGAAGCGACGGGAAACAGCAUAUACCAACGUUAUUGAGGGAUUUCCACUUUUCCUUGCGGGAGCCCUGCUCGCCUUAUUCGUACAAGUGCCGCCUGAGAUCAUCAACAGCUUUGGAAUUUGGUUUUCUAUUCUGCGGGUGACUUAUGCAGCGGCGUAUGUGCUGAUCGAAUCGGAAGGCUUGAGAUUUGUGCCGUCGCUGUUAUGGUGGUGUGGCGAUACCGCGUGCUUUGCUGCAUUGAUGAUUGCGGGGAAGCGGCUGUAG